AUGUUGCUGUAUGACAAUGAAGAUUUUCUGGAUCGUGUCGUCUUCAGUGAUGAAUCAACAUUUCACCUAAGUGGAAAUGUGAACACUCAUAAUGUGCCUACCUGGGGGUCAGCAAAUCCCCAGGAGAUGGUACAGUUGAAACGAGACUACCCAAAAUUGAAUGUUUUUUGUGCCAUAUCCCAGCAGAAAGUUUAUGGGCCUUUCUUUUUCGGUGAAGCAACUGUAACUGGUGUUUCUUAUCUUGAUGCGCUACAACUGUGGCUCUUUCCUCAAUUGGAAGAAGAUGAACCAGAGAACUUUAUUUGGCAGCAAGAUGGCUCAGGAUGCAAUUGGUUAAAUGAUGUUAUACCCAACUGCUAG